AUGGUCUUCUAUCCCAUGAAAUGGGUGCCCCCGUUGCCCGAAAUCCCAGACACCGUGCCCAUAUGCGACUUCGUGCUCGACGAGAAACACGGCCGGUCCCCUUACGCCGAGUCCAAGGACGCAUACACCUGCGGUCUGACGGGGAAGAGCGUCUCGGCGCGCCAACAGAAGGAGGAUGUCGACAGCCUGUCUCGCGCGUUGGCCAAGGAGUUUGGCUGGGCAGUGAACGAAGGCACGGAAUAUGACAAAGUCGUGGGCGUCUUCGCCCUGAAUACGAUAGACAUCAUGACACUCAACUGGGCAAUCCACAGAAUCAAUGGGGUCUCCGCUCCCGCCAACGCCGCCUUCAACGCCGACGAGCUGAGCUAUCAACUUACCAAUUCCGGGUCCAAGGUCCUGUUCACCGUCAUGCCAUUGCUGCAGACUGCCCUCGACGCCGCGGCCAAAUCCAACAUCCCGAGAAAACAUGUCUACAUCUGCGAAAUGCCCAACGACCCUCCCAUCCCCAAGGAAUUCAAGACCUUGUCUCAAUUGACCAAGCAAGGCCAAUCGCUACCACCGCUGGAGCCAAUCAGAUGGGAGAAGGGUCAGGGAGAACGGCAGACCGCAUUCUUGUGCUACUCCAGUGGAACCUCGGGACUGCCGAAAGGGGUCAUGAUUUCCCAUCGGAACGUCAUCGCCAACACUGUCCAGAUCGCCGAGUAUGACAAAGCCGCCCGCGACGCAAUAGCCCCUGGGUAUAAGGAUGUGGCGCUAGGUCUACUCCCUCAGUCGCAUAUCUAUGGGUUGAUUGUCAUCUGUCACGCUUCGACAUACCGCGGCGACCAAGUCAUUAUACUUCCAAAGUUCGAACUGAAUCAGUUUCUCAAUGGCAUUCAGAAGUUCAAUAUCAACACUCUCUACAUCGUGCCGCCCAUCAUCAUCGCUAUGGUUAAGAAUCGAGAGCUGACAAGCAAGUACGACCUGUCCAGCGUGACUAGCAUCUUCACGGGUGCUGCUCCUCUAGGCAAAGAGACCGCAGAGGAAUUGGCCUCUCAAUUUCCCUCGUGGAAGGUUCGACAAGGCUACGGUCUAACAGAGACGUGUACCGUCGUGUGCUCGACAUCUCCAUCUGACAUCUGGUUCGGUUCGUCGGGAUGUUUGAUACCUGGAUACGAGGCCAAAGUUAUGAGCAUUGAGGGGAACGAGAUCACCGGAUACAACCAACCGGGCGAACUCCUCGUCAAGUCACCCAGCGUCGUGCUUGGAUAUCUGAAGAAUCAAAAGGCCACAAUGGAAACGUUUGUGGAUAUGCCCGAGGGCAGAUUUAUGCGGACGGGAGACGAGGUGGAGUUUAGAGUGUCGCCAAAGGGCAACGAACAUAUCUGGGUCGUGGAUCGCAUAAAGGAGCUGAUCAAGGUCAAGGGUCUCCAAGUCGCCCCUGCAGAGCUCGAAGCGUGCCUGCUCAACCACCACGCCGUGGCCGACUGUGCCGUAAUCCCCGUCCAGGACGAUCGCGCGGGCGAGGUGCCCAAGGCCUUUGUUGUCAAGGCCAAGUCGGUAGGCUUGGAAGACAGCGAAGCUCUCCUCAAGCGGUCCAUCAUCAAGCACGUCGAGAAGGAAAAGGCCCGCCACAAAUGGCUUGCGGGUGGUGUCGAAUUCAUCGACGUGAUCCCCAAAUCCGCCAGCGGCAAGAUCCUCAGGAGGUUGCUUAGGGAUAGAGAGAAGGAGGCGAGAAGGAAGGCCGGCGCCAGGCUAUAA